ACUUACCUGACUUUAGUUUACAUUUUGUACAGGUGAAUAUAGUAUAGAGACUUUUGUGCAGGUGGUUGUUCAGCAAUUCGUGUAUUUUCUGCGAGUUAAAGAUUAUUAGACGCGUCUAGGCGAUUGCGAAAUUCAGAACUAUCCAUACUAUGUGUUUGUGGUGAUUUGUUCGACAACCCCUUCGAUAUUUCCAAAGACAACAUCAGUGCUUAGGGAUGGAGUUCAGUAUAUUGAAAAUUUUGGCCCUCCUGGGUCUUUACAUAUCUGAAUGCUCAUUCAGUGACCUGGUGGUGUUGGCACCCAGCAAUCAACCAGAAGCAUACUUUAAUGGUUCUUCAUACUUGCGACUACAGAACACCAUGUCGUUGAAAAUGCCCACAGGAAUAAGUUUUCGGACUUGUCUGGGGGGCAAUUUGCUGUCCCAGCAACAAAACGAAGAAUCCAUCGAACUGCUAGUGAAUAAAAAGGGCGUUUACUUCCGAGCCAAAGUGGACGCGGUGCUGUUUGAAGAAGUGGUUUACGGAAACUUUUUGAACAACAAGUGGCAUACGGUGUUUGUAUAUUACAGUGCUGGGAAUUUGACUUUGGAUGUCGAUGACGAUAAAAAGAUAAUUGCGAAUUCCAGCUACAACGUUCCUUUGCUGACCAGCAGCAAGCUGUACGAUGACACCGCAGCUUCAGUGCUGCUGAUUGGAAAAAACUUCAAUGGUUGCCUUCUAGAAGGGCCCACAGUGGUUUUUGAUUCGAAAUUAAUUUACUACAACCACAAUGUGGCGUUUGAGAAGUGCCCCAUACCAAUGGACAGCUGUUUGCCUGCAGAGAAAAUGACCGGAUUGGAUUAUUGUUUAAACGAGCCAUGUAUGCGGCAUGGUACUUGCAUUAAUGAUCACAAACAUAACACGUAUACCUGUGCUUGUCUGCCUAGGUACACAGGGAAAAAUUGCGAAAUCGACUUAGGAAACCCCUGCGAUAAGCGGCCGUCCUAUUGCAAAAACGGGGCCACUUGCAUUCUGGACCAAAUAGGCGACUAUGACUGUGUGUGUGCUCCUGGCUUUAGUGGAAGGCACUGUGAGAACGAGCUGAGAGUCCACCCGAGGUGCCAGGAAAACCCGUGCUUGAACGGAGGAAUUUGCGAUAUUGAUAUGGACACUGACUCAGUGCGAUGCACUUGUAAGCCGGGAUUCAGCGGCAAUAUUUGCGAACUGGACAUCGAUGAUUGUGCAAGUAAACCGUGCAUGAAUGGUGGGUUUUGCACUGAUGAACUGAACAACUUCAGUUGCAAUUGCAAUCGCACUGGCUACUAUGGCAGAUUAUGCGAACUGAAUAUCAACGAAUGCACAAACAGUCCGUGUUUGAAUGGAGGCAUUUGCUUUGAUAACUAUGGAAGCUAUUUGUGCCAGUGCCCCUUUGGUUUUGUUGGCAAAAAUUGCCAGAAUUUAGUGGAUGAGUGCGCCUCGCAGCCGUGCCUGAACAACGGAAAAUGCAUCAGCCGACCGAUGGGGUACGACUGUAAAUGUCCGCCAGGCUUUUUUGGAGGAAACUGUGAGCUUGAAAAUCGACAGCAAAUUCACUGCGAUGUUUUGAACUGCGGCAGGUUCUCCGAGUGCAUUCAAGAUCCGAUAAACGGGGCCACAUGCGUGUGCAAAUCCGAGUUCACCGGCGAAUACCCGAACUGCAAAGCCACAUCAUUGUGUGCUAACAGUCCAUGCAAAAACAACGGACUAUGCAACAUAGUCAAUGGAAACAUCAAUUGCUCCUGCCAGCCAGGAUUUGCAGGUACAUAUUGCCAAACUAAUGUGGAUGAUUGCCAAUCGAAUCCUUGCCGAAACGGCGGCAUCUGCAUAGACAGAGUGAAUUCGUUUUACUGCAAUUGUACUGACGACUGGAUGGGGCCCUAUUGCGAACAACCCUACGAUGUUUGUGAACUACAACCUUGUCAGAACAAUGGAUCCUGUGUAUCUCAAACCAAGCACGAUUUCACCUGUAGAUGUCCAUCUGGCUUUGAGGGUGUAAAAUGCGAAAUCAACAAAGAUGACUGCAAAGGUGUAACAUGCCCACCAGGGCAGAUUUGCCUGGACUUAGUGAACGACUACGAAUGCCGAUGCCGGCCAGGUUUUACUGGGGACGAUUGCAGCAUUGAUAUAGACCCUUGCUCGAAAGAUCCAUGCAUUAACGGCACUUGCAUAGUUGAUACAACUAGCAACGAUUGGGCAUGUAAAUGCAGGCCGGGAUUCACAGGGCCGUACUGUGACAUGGAUAUUGACGAAUGCAACAUCCCGAACACAAAAAUAUGCACCACUGGGCUGUGUGUUAACACCAUUGGAAGCUUCAAGUGCUACUGCGAGCCUGGGUUUACCGGCCUAAGGUGCGAAAUCGACAUCGAUGAGUGCUUGCCACAACCCUGCCAAAACAAGGCUUCUUGCGUGGAUUUGAUAAAUAAUUAUACUUGCGUUUGUCAGCCCGGGUAUGAGGGCAGGAAUUGUAGCCAGGAAAUCGAUGAAUGUGCCUCGAAUCCCUGUGUAGGCGGAGGAACAUGCAAGGAUGAAAUCAACGAUUUUAUUUGCAUUUGCCCACCGGGUCUUACGGGGAAAACUUGCGACAUUAACAUAGACGAUUGCCAGUCGAAUCCAUGCCAGAACGGUGCCGAAUGCAUCGACGGACUAAACGAGUACACUUGCAACUGUACAGAUACGGGCUACGAAGGACUCUAUUGCGAAAUCAACAUUGACGACUGCAAAGGGUAUCCGUGCAUGAAUGGAGCUGAGUGUAUUGACAAAGUUAAGGACUACGACUGUAGAUGCUACAAAGGAUACGAAGGAAAAAAUUGCGAAGUCGACAUCAACGAGUGCGAAAGCAGCCCUUGCAAAUACGGCGGACUGUGUUUGGAAAAAUCAAACGUAACACUGUAUAGUGCCGAAUUCGUUGCGAAGAUGGGAAUCAGCUUGCCUGAAUCGUUCCGAAAACCAUUUACCUAUGAGGAUGCUGAUGGAUAUGAAUGCUUGUGUGUUAAGGGAGUAAUCGGCGAAAAUUGCCAAAUCAACAUCAACGAAUGCGAAUCGAAUCCGUGCCAAUUUGGCACCUGCAUAGACAAAAUCGGGGAUUACGAAUGCGAAUGCGAAGACGGUUUUGAGGGCACGCAUUGCGAACUGGACAUCGAUGAGUGCAAGAAAUACGAGCCCUGCGUGAACGGAACCUGCAUUGAUCGGGUGGCAAAUUACUUUUGUGCCUGCGAUCCAGACUUUGGCGGAAAAAACUGUUCCGUCCGCCUCACAGGUUGCGAGGAAGAACCCUGCCAAAACAGCGGCGUUUGUCGGCCCUACUUGAUAAAUGAAAUUGAGCAUAAGUUCAACUGUUCGUGCCCGAACGGCUUCCACGGCUACACCUGUGAAAAUAAAACCACGAUGUCUUUCUCAGGGCAAUCUUUGGUUACCAUCAACACCAGCAGAGAUGAAGGAUAUGACAUCCAAUUCCGGUUCAAAACCACUCUCGGUGAUGGGCUGCUGGCUUUAGGCAAGGGAUUGACGUAUUAUAUCCUGGAGCUAGCCAGAGGACGGCUUAAUCUCCAGUCAAGCCUGCUGAACAAAUGGGAGGGCGUUUUCAUUGGCUCUAACUUAAACGACAGCAAUUGGCAAAAAGUGUUUGUGGCUAUUAAUUCAACACAUCUCGUUCUUAGUGCCAAUGAGGAACAGACCAUUUACCCCAUUACGUUUAAUGAAAACUACAAUGUGUCCUCGACCAGUUUUCCUGUUACGUACAUCGGUGGCAUUCCCUCGAACUUGCGGAAAUUGACCCGCGGGCAACCAUUUCUAGUUGGCUGCGCCGAGGACAUUCAAAUCAAUUCCGAGUGGGUAAUACCCCAAACUCGCAACACCACCGCUUUGACGUUCCAAAACACCGAAAUCGGCUGCGUUAGAGAGCCGCAAUGUAAACCAAACCCUUGCCACUCGGGUGGCCAUUGCACUGAUAAGUGGCGAGAUUUCAGCUGUUCUUGCACACGGCCGUUUUUGGGGAACACUUGCCAGUACAACUACACAGCGGCCACUUUUGGAAAUGAAGAUAUCUCCGAUUCCUUGGUUACUGUAGACGUUUUCGAUUCCGCUCGGCGCGCAAUUCGCACCAUUGUGGAUAUAUCGAUGUUUAUUCGAACCAGACAGAGCAAAGGGCAGAUCUUCUAUCUGGGGUCGGCAGGAGCCAGCCAAAGUUACAACGACGAGACCUACGUGGCAGCUCAACUGGAAAAUGGUGAACUUUUCGUCAGAAUACAGUUUAAUGGAUCGGGCGAAGCAUAUCCAGUGUCAGGAGUUAAAUUGGAUAACGGUUACAUUCAUCUGAUUGAAGUAAUUCGGAAUGUGACUUUGGUUCAAGUGAAGCUCAACGGUACGGAGUAUUUCCGGAAAACGAUUUCAGCCAGUGGCAUUUUGCACGCUCAAGUUCUCUACCUGGGAGGACAGCCCCUACUCAGAGCGGUGCGUCAAGCCACCGAAAAUGCGCUUCCAAAGGUGGACUUGGCGGCGCCAACGGCGCCUGCUGCCAUUACCUCUUCUCUUAGCAACGUCAACUUUAAGGGAAUUAUUCAGGAUGUUCAAAUCAGCAAUGGCUCGAGCAUAAUGGUAGUGGAGUUUUUCCCGAUUUCCGCUCCAGAACUGCUCAUUCCACCUCCUCUAGGUAACGUCUCGUUCGACCGCUCUUUGGUUCUAGAGGGAAUCAUCUCCGAUGAUUUGUGCAAAGAGAAUCCGUGCAACCACAACGGAGUGUGCGAAAAUACAUGGAAUGACUACAGGUGCCAAUGCACAAGAGGCUUCAAAGGGAAAACCUGCAACGAGCUGGAGUUUUGCGAAAUAGAGGGCUGCCCCAAGGGGGCCGUAUGCAAAAAUCUUGAAGAUGGUUACGAAUGUAUUGCCAACGCGACUUUUAACGGAAAGCAAGAGCCCUUGCAAUAUGCCCUAACCAUUUUGGCAAACUCCAGUCGGGGAUUUAAUGUGGAGGAAAUUGAGCUGACCUACCGGACAAGGUCCUGGGGCACGCUGUUAUUUGCCAAACACAAUGCCGAUUACUUUACGGUUUUCAUUUACCACAACGAAGUGGUAGUCCAGUGGAAUUUGGGGUCGGGAAUAACGACGCAUCGCUUUAAAAAGGAUAAUUUCCAGGGCCAAUGGCUGACGUUGUUGUUCCACUUCACCGAUCAAACGUUUAAAGGGGGUUUUAAAGAAAAUGUGCUGGAUCUAUUCCCGAACGUCGAAAGCGCGCAGUUCGACGUCGUUUCCUUGACGGAGUUGUUUAAAGAGGGCGAUAUUUACGUGGCUGGUAGCGAUAACAAGACUUUCAACUUCGUGGCUGCUAUUGAGAGCACGGAACUGAACACAACGAACUACUCGAAUCAAUUAGACACGACCACGGUCGAUCCACUUGUGAUCAGCAACUCGUUUGAAAGCGGAGAAAUGUUCGUCGAUGACGGGUUUUUGUACAAAAUCGACCAAAAUAAGAAAACUGAUAGAUUCAAGGGUUGUGUUAGCGAAAUUCGCAUCGGCGGCCUGUUACUUCCCUACUUCACUACAAAGGAAAUCUACCACAAAGACACAUACAGUGAAGAGUUUUUCGAACUGCAAUCCCCCAGCGAAAUCGAUUUAGGCUGUGUUUUGUGCUACGACGCCGAUUGCAAUAAUCAAGGACAGUGUGCCAACAGUACGGACACUUAUCAAUGUAUUUGCAAUGAAGGCUAUGCGGCAGACGAUUGUUCCAUCGAUAUUAAUGAGUGCGAAAACAAUCAGUGUGAAAAUGGCGCUACUUGCAUCGAUUUAAUUGCCCGAUAUGAAUGCCAAUGUGCGCUGGGAUACGAAGGCGAAAAUUGCCAAAUAGACAUCAAUGAGUGCCAAAGCAAUCCUUGUAAGCACGGUGGUACUUGCAACGAUCUGGUUGGUACUUUUAAGUGCGAGUGCGCUGAUAGUUACGUUGGAAGGCAAUGCGAGGCGCCGCUGCUAAUCACAUGUGAAAAUCGUCCUUGCAAGGAGGGCGCAACUUGCAAAACCGGGCCCAACUUUGAAACCGGCAACAAUUUCACGUGCUUUUGCACGGAGGGAAUGCAGGGGCCUUUAUGCGAUACUCCGUUCUGCGACGUGGAGAAAUGCAAAUUUGGAUUCUGCGAUGCCACAAAGGUUCCAUUCUGCGCGUGUAAUCCGGGAUUUGACGGCAGAUUGUGCGAAAAUAAUAUCAACGAAUGCGUUUCGGCGAACGGGCGCAGCCCCUGCCAAAACGGCGGAAUAUGCAUUGAUGGAAUAUCAAGGUACGAUUGUAAUUGCUCAGGCACCGGCUAUAAGGGCUUGCUUUGCGAAAUGGACAUCGAUGAAUGCAACAAUAAACCUGCGCCUUGCGGAACCGGAACUUGCGAAAACAUGCCGGGGUCGUACAGAUGCACUUGUGGUAACACAGGGAAAUGUGGAUACCAAUGCGCUCUAAAUGAUCCAUGCGUGUUCGAAGAAACCUGUCUGCAUGGAGUGUGCACAUCUCAGUGCACUGACCGACCAGAUUAUCUAUGCGUUUGCGAUGAGAAUUGGAUUGGAAAGAAUUGCUCAGAUUUAAAGGAAGCGGUAACUCGCGCCGACACGGGCAUUAACAUUCUCUACAUAAUAGUGCCAAUAGUACUUAUUCUGCUGCUCGGCUUCCUAAUAGGGAUGAUCAUUUUGGUGAACGUAGCCCGAAGCAAACGGGCCACAAGAGGCACGUACAGCCCGUCGGCUCAAGAGUUUUCAAAUCCCCGCGUUGAACUAGACCACGUUUUAAAGCCUCCGCCGGAAGAAAGGCUAAUUUAAUCAGUAUUAUUUACUGCCAUAAAACGAGGCUGGAUGAUGUGGCAUAGUUAAAUUUUUUCAAAAUUCAUUUUUUUCGUUUGCCCCAAUUGAAUUACAUAGAUAUUAUGAAACGAGGAAGAUUUCUGAACAUUAGUGUUGUAGAUAGGCUAUUUUUAGGAUAUUUCCCAAUCAAUGCAGUACUUGAGUAAAACUGCUGUGACUCACAACUAGGUACUUAACUUUGCUCCUCAGUUAGAUCUGUAAAUCGUGAAUUUCUCCAAUAACGACUGAUUUUUGUUAUACUUCUCUGUGUCUUGUUUGUUUUGUAUUUAAUAAUUUCGUACUUAAGUGUAGAUUAAGAUCGCAUCAGCAAUAUGAAUGAACAAAUCUUAUGAAGCGCCCGUCCAAGACAUAAGUGUGUAAAGCAAAAAUUUCAGUAACGUGAUUUGGUCCAGUACUUUUGCCUUACACAUUAAAAUUGUGAUAACAAUAAUUGACUUUACGUAAGCAAUACUAGCUUCUAGGGCAUAUAGUGGAAAACCUGUUGCCUGCUUGCCUUGCUGCGGGCAAUGACAGUAUAGUUAGUUCUAUACAUAAUGUACUUACUUAAUAUUAAAACCAAAGCUGAUUUGUAAAUAAAUUUAUUUAUACUGG